GCACUAGUUUAUCUCUAGCUUCAUGUGAACGCAGCGCCUUCCCUGCUAAACCCUGGGAGCCCAGAGACUUAAAUAACGACCCCUCCUCCCUUUCCCACAACCCCACAAUCCGCCCAUUACAUCGCAACCCAGAUAGAGCCUGACAGUCAUAUAAAUGUGGCGCUCGAUCUUGCUGCUCGCCCUGGCCUUGGAGGUCUUCCGAGCAACUGGAUUUGAAGUUACCUACCCUCACAAAGGCGACGUCGUCAGCAUCUACGACGGUCUCACCACAACAUGGACUUACAACUCAUCGGAUUCGAUCAAGGAGCCUAUGGAGAUCGCUUUCUUCCAGAUUUCGCACUUGGAGGAGGAGAUAAGCUACACUGUUGACGGUGUGAAUAUCACUGCAGGCACCUAUACGUUGCGAAGAUCGUUCACAAUGGCCGACGGAUGGUACUUGCGUUAUACCUUUGGCGAUGAAAUGUAUCUGUCGGAAACAUUUCAGCUGACCCUGGGGCAGCCAUCAAAUGCCAGUGAGAGUACGACGACUUCGACCUUCGAUCGGGUCACUACCACCAUAAGCACACCCACCAUGGUUCUCACAAGCAUGGAUGAAAGCUCGACGAUGCAGGUCACGCCUACCUCUGCCGAUGUAGUAUCUACCGCAUCCAGCACGGAAGUUGCAAUGAUCGAUCCGGGCUCAAAGGGUGGUCUAAGUAUGGGGUCGAAAGCAGGGAUCGGAGCGGGCUGCGCUGCUGCUGUGAUUCUGGGGCUGAUGGGCUUGUACCUGAUCUAUAAAGCUAGGAAGAAGAGGAGCAGUGAAAGUGCGGAGGAGAAACCGGCUCGUGCGCAAGUUCUUGCAAUCUCGGAGCUGGAUGGGGCGAGUGGCGCACCCAGGAAAUAUGAAUUGGAAGGCAAUCAAGGGGUGGUAAAGGCGCAUGAGCUUCCAGCGCAGGCUGGGAUUUCAAAUGAGCUGCCAGGAUGAUCGGGUCUGAGAAUUAGAAGCCGGUAGUGCUUUGUCCGAUGACAUUCGCGGCCGGCUACCGCGGAGAUCUUGCCUGACUCGAGGCCGGGGGGCAAUCGGGGGCCUUCCCGAAAGAGAAGUUAAGGGUAGUGGGGCGACCCAAGAUU